AUGAUAAGGCAGUCUCUAAGGUCUACUGCAUCUCGCUUCUUCAAUACGUCGGCGAUCAGAACGAUGUCUGCUCCAUUGGAUGCGUCCAAGCUGAAAAUCGUAAAGAGUUCAACACCUUCUACUCCAAAGCCAAAUGACCAACUAGUGUUUGGUAAAACUUUCACCGACCAUAUGCUAACUGUGGAGUGGACCAAAGAAAACGGAUGGGGUGUUCCAGAAAUUAAGCCAUACGGAAACCUGUCUCUAGAUCCAUCUGCAUGCGUGUUCCACUAUGCUUUCGAGCUUUUCGAGGGUUUGAAGGCUUACAGGAGCCCAGACAACAAGAUUACAAUGUUCCGUCCAGACAAAAACAUGGAGAGAAUGAACAAGUCUGCUGCUAGAAUCUGUCUCCCUACAUUCGAUUCCGAAGAGCUCAUCAAACUGAUGGGUAAAUUGAUUGAACAAGACAAGCACUUGGUCCCAGAAGGCCAGGGUUACUCUCUAUAUGUCAGACCAACCAUGAUCGGUACUACACCAGCCUUGGGUGUCAGCACUCCAGACAGGGCUAUGAUUUUCGUCAUCACAUCCCCAGUCGGGCCAUACUACAAGACAGGAUUCAAGGCCGUCAGAUUGGAGGCUACCGACUACGCCACCAGAGCUUGGCCAGGUGGUGUCGGUGACAAGAAGUUGGGUGCUAACUACGCCCCUUGCAUCCUUCCCCAACUACAAGCUGCUGAGAGAGGCUAUCAACAAAACCUAUGGUUGUUCGGUCCAGAGAAGAAUAUUACCGAAGUCGGUACUAUGAAUGUAUUCUUUGUCUUCAAGGACAACGCCACUGGUAAGAAGGAGUUAGUCACUGCCCCAUUGGACGGUACUAUCUUGGAGGGUGUCACGAGAGAUUCUGUCUUGACUUUGGCCAGAGAAAAGUUGGAUCCAAAGGAAUGGACAAUCUCCGAGCGUUACUACAGUAUCAACGAGGUCGCCGACAGAGCUGAAAAGGGUGAGUUAGUCGAAGCCUUUGGUAGUGGUACCGCUGCUGUCGUUUCUCCUAUCAAGGAAAUCGGAUGGAAAGGAAAGGACAUCCACGUUCCCCUACAACCAGGCAAGCAAACCGGUCCUUUGACUGAGAAUGUCGCUCAAUGGAUCGCUAACAUCCAAUACGGUAAGGAAAAGCACGGUAACUGGUCCCGUGUUGUUGCUGAUUUGGCUUGA